AUGGAGGAAGGGGAGGGGAAAGCACUCGCAGGUGUGGCUCAUCAGUCCCUCGCCUUCAGAUUCUCAGACGGUGCAGCCCCAAGUCCUGACGUCCGGUUUGUGCCACUCCGGCGGCAAGAGCAGCUUGGGGCCCAGUCGCCAAAGAAGAAGGAGCAGAAGGAAACGUCCGAGAGCCUUUGCGAAAGGCCCGUCUCCCAGCAGCCCUUGGCCCUGAGCGAUGAGGACAACCCCUUGAGCGCCGUCAAGACUGCGCUCUGGGAUCCCCACCAAGAGGGCUGCAUCGUCGUGGCAGACGCCGAGGCUGUCCAGACCUUCAACAUUGGCGGCGGGAAGCUCUCCCGCCAGGUGACUUUGCAUGUGGGGCAGAGGUGCAUGGGAGCGUGUCUGGAUCCUCACCACCGGCAGCAACUGAGCACGGUGGAUGAUGGGCACCUGAAGACGUGGGACCUGCGAACGAGCCGGCUGGCUUUCCGAAAGGACGGUGUUCACCUGUUUGGCGCCAAAGAUGUGGACUACAACCCCAACGUGCCAUAUCAGGUGCUCACCACCGGGGAGGAUGCGUGCCUACGCUUCUGGGAUCUCAGGCAACUGUCCACGUGCUUGCGCAGCUUAUCCGGUGGCCAUCAUCACUGGGUCGUCAAGGCGCGCUUCAAUGCUCACCACGACCAGUUGGUGCUCUCCUGCGGCACUGACUCCAUGCUUUGCCUCUGGCGGGCGACCUCUGUGGCCUCAGCUCCGCUGGGAGGUAAGCGAGGGGAGGAGGCCGCGCGUGCCUCGGACGGACUGGUCCGGAAGUAUGAGGAGCACGAGGACUCAUGUUACAGUUGCUGCUGGAGCUCUUCAGAUGCUUGGGUCUUCGCCUCUGUGUCAUUCGACGGGAAGCUGGUUGUCAAUCGGGUCCCGGACGAGGAGAAGUACCGGAUCCUUAUGUAA